UAACUUACAUAGCUGUCCUUAAUAGGUGCUGUCCUUAAUAGGUACCUCCUUCCGACCAUAUAUUUUGUAAGUCAGUAGCGGCAACUCACCUUUUACAUAUUUUCCCAGAUUCAAAGCUAACGGGGAAUUUCUUCCUACGUGCCUAUGCCUUUGGUAGGCGAAUUUCCAAAGUUCGGCACGGAAAGAAGAAUCAUAAUGAUAGAAUAACUAGAAAUGAUUUUGUCAUUGUUCUUAUCCAAUUAAGUUUCUUGGGCUAGGCGUGUUUUCUAUUCUACCGCCUAUACGAUUGCUCCUAGGCCAUCAGUACGAGUCGCCCAUCCUCGACAAGCCGCCUCCUAAUGCGUAUCCUUUGUCGUCGUUGUACCUUGCCUCAUGAAUGUACGCGACCCCUUCGGUAUCCAUCGAAAGAACGCUCUAUCCAUCCUUAAGACCACCGUGCCGCGUGCUGCCGUCAACUUUACCGAACGCGCCGUCGAGGCCAGUAUUAAUGCUCUCGAGAAGGGCAAAAAAGCCGUCGACGAUAUUGACAUGUCAUUUUCCGUCCCUAAAAAUGUUCCCUCGUUUAGCAACCCGCAGAGGAUAGUGGAGGAUCACGUUUGGGGUAACACGGCGGUCGCAAGAGGUGGAAAGGGUUCAAAUCCCAAGAACACUGGAAUACUCGGGGGCGUGCAGGAUAAGGUUGGAAGCCUCUUCGACGAUCGAAACUCUCUACCCAUGUACAAGGACAAGCCGUAUGCGUACCCGCCCUCCUACCGAGCCAGACCUCUCUGGCGGAGAAAGCGGAUAAUUGGUCUUGUGCUGCUGGUAAUCCUGCUGCUGUAUUAUUUCGGUGCAUUCGGUAGUCAUCAUGAUGCCGUCGUCGCUUCAACUCCUAUAUGGACCUGGCUUACUGCUAAUUCCGGAUCAGGGAAGUCUGCCGACUGGUUGGGGCGGAGAGAGCGUGUCGUUGAAGCUUUCACCCUAAGCUGGGACGCCUACGAACGAUAUGCCUGGGGCUAUGAUGAGUUUCACCCGAUAUCCAAGAAGGGUGACCAGAUGGCUAAGGGAGGAAUGGGGUGGAUCAUCGUGGAUGCUCUAGACACCAUGAUUCUGAUGAAUCUCACUUCCCGUGUCACUCACGCGAGGGAGUGGAUUUCAACUACCUUAUCAUAUGACCAAGAUCAAGAUGUUAGCACCUUCGAGACGACAAUUCGUAUGUUAGGCGGCCUCCUCUCUGCUCAUUAUCUCUCUAAUGAGUUCCCUGAGCUGGCGCCGCUAUCAGACGAUGACCCUGGAGCACCUGGAGAGGAUCUGUACCUCGAGAAGGCAAAGGAUCUCGCUGACCGACUUAUAUCUGCUUUCGAUUCCCCGUCUGGCGUCCCCUAUGCCAGCGUGAAUAUCGGUAAAUAUGAAGGUAUACCAGCUCACGAUGAGGGUGGCGCAUCGUCUACUGCCGAGGCGACUACCUUGCAGCUCGAGUUCAAGUAUCUUGCCAAGCUGACCGGCGAGAAGUACUUUUGGGAUAAAGCCGAAAAAGUAAUGGAAGUUGUUGAUAAUAACGGAGUCGAAGAUGGCUUAGUACCCAUCUACAUUUACGCCACAGAUGGUACUUUCAGAGGCCAAAACAUCCGAUUGGGAAGCCGAGGAGACUCGUAUUAUGAGUAUCUCAUCAAACAAUAUUUGCAAACUAAUAAGCAGGAGCCCAUCUAUCUAGAGAUGUGGGAUGAGACUCUACGGGGAGUCCGCAAGCACCUCGUCACUUAUACAGAGCCGUCUGGGUUCACCAUCAUUGGGGAGCGGCCAGAUGGUCUGAAGGGCGCCUUGUCUCCUAAGAUGGAUCACUUGGUCUGCUUCAUGCCAGGCACGAUUGCUCUUGCUGUCACGGGCGGGUUGACAGAAGCGGAGGCUAGGAAAAAGCCAACAUGGACAGAACAGAACGAGGCCGAUAUGCAGCUCGCGAGGGAGUUGAUGCAGACAUGCUGGGGCAUGUAUAAGUGGAUGGCCACCGGUCUUGCGGCCGAAAUCACAUAUUUCAACAUCGCCGACCCACCUGCACCCGAAUCUGCUCCUCACCAUCCACCAGCUGAAUUUGAUCCUGACCCCGAAGCGCAGUGGCGGAAAGAUUAUUCGGUUCACUCCAUGGACACACAUAAUCUCCAGAGGCCGGAGACGGUAGAAAGCCUCUUUUACAUGUGGAGAAUCACAGGUGAUAUCAAGUACCGAGAAUGGGGCUGGGAGAUGUUUAAGUCGUUUAUGAACCACACUGCCGUAGCAGAUGGCGGAGGGUUUACGAGUCUUUCGAAUGCGAACAAGAUCCCGCCGGUGACGCGAGACAAUAUGGAAAGUUUUUGGCUGGCCGAGACUUUGAAAUAUUUCUAUCUUCUCUUUUCUCCCAACGAUCUUCUUCCGUUGGAUAAGAUUGUCAUUAAUACCGAGGCACACCUUUUUCCUCGAUUCGACAUGGGCCAGCUAUUCUCAACGGGAUGGAAGCGGAAGCCAAGAGACGCGGAAGGGAAGAUCAUCCAAUGAAUUCAUAAAUAAUCAGCAUAUAUCAUCCCCACCUACUUCGGGGAGCAUUAUCGGCGUAAUGUAGAGCUCGGGAGGGUUGUUUUUCUCGAUAGCUGCCGCAUAGUAUAUAUGGCAUUCUGAAUGUAUAAACUGAAGCUUACUAUUACGUUAAGUCGUAUUGUGAUAUUUGAGGCUAUUCAACAACGACGUG